UCCUAACUAAGCGCAGGGAAAUGCAAUAAAAAAUAGAAAGAAACGGUGGGGACUUGAAAUGCACCAUACAUGAGAGAGAGAGAGGGAGGUAGAGAUAGAUCAGCAAACACACAGCUCCCAGGACAAAGUGGUUCCGCUUCAUCCUCUCAGCAGGGAGAGAAGAGUGGUGCCCAGAGGACAACCAGCCGGGGAUCAGCUGUUUCCUCUGGAGUUCGUAGCAGCGAUGUUCCUGCGCUCUUAGGAGAAAACUAAAGGCACCGGGUUUGCUUGCUGUCGCCUCGUCCGCUGGACCUCGCAUCGCAUGGGGACAUGAAUAGCGUGGACCCAGCCUCUAACAAACUGUUGACUUUCAAUCAGCGCAUAAAAGAAACCUCCCUGGAAGCGCUGAGAGUGACUACAGAGGUGAACUACAAAAAUUGUUGGCACCCAGCGAGCUCCGCCUCAGAGGACCUGGGCUGCAGGCGUGGAGACUUCAGCAGGAAACACUAUGGUUCAGUCGAGCUGCUAAUUUCCAGUGAUGCAGAUGGGGCCAUUCACAGGGCGGGACGCUUCAGGGUGGAGAAUGGCUCAUUAGAUGAGGCUUCAGACUACACUCCAGGAACAUGGAGGAGAACGGACGUCCAUCUGGAAAAUCCAGAGUACCACACCAGAUGGUACUUCAAGUACUUCUUGGGAAAAGUCCACCAGAACUAUGUGGGUACAGAUGCUGAGAAAAACCCUUUCUACCUGUCAGUUGUCCUCUCUGACCAGAACAACCAGCGGGUCCCUCAGUACCGAGCUAUCCUGUGGAGAAAGACGGGAACUUUGAAGAUCAGCCUCCCCUAUAGCCCAACUAAAACACUAUCAGUCAAGUCCAUCCUAAGCGCAAUGAACAUGGACAGGUUUGAGAAAGGCCCCAGGGAGAUCCUCAACCCGGAGAUUCAGAAGGACCUGCUGGUGUUGGAGGAACAAGAGGGUUCUGUCAACUUUAAAUUUGGUGUGCUGUACGCCAAAGAUGGACAGCUCACAGAUGACGAAAUGUUUAGCAAUGAGACGGGGAGCGAGAACUUUGACAAGUUCCUCAACCUGCUCGGUGAUACCAUUACACUGCAAGGAUGGGCAGGCUAUCGCGGAGGGCUCGACACCAAGAAUGACACUACAGGACUUCAAUCCAUCUACACAGUGUAUCAAGGGCAUGAGCUCAUGUUCCACGUCUCCACCAUGUUGCCCUACUCUAAAGAGAACAAACAGCAGGUGGAGAGGAAGAGGCACAUUGGAAACGACAUUGUUACCAUAGUAUUUCAGGAAGGGGACGAGGCGUCAUCGUCCUUCAAACCAUCUAUGAUCCGAUCACACUUCACCCAUAUUUUUGCAUUAGUCAGGUACAACAGCCAGAAUGACAGCUACAGGUUGAAGAUUUUCUCUGAGGAGAGCGUUCCACUGUUUGGACCCCCUCUCCCAUCUCCGCCUGUGUUUACUGAUCACCAUGAAUUCAGGGACUUUUUAUUAGUCAAAUUAAUCAAUGGAGAGAAAGCCACAUUGGAGACACCAACGUUUGCCCAGAAACGUCAGCGGACCCUUGACAUGUUGAUCCGCUCGCUCUACCAAGACCUGAUGCCUGACCUUCACAAGGUUCCCUUUUCUCCCCAGAACAUGUUAAACAGGAGGUCUUUUAGCGACGUGCUCCCUGAGUCUCCGAAGUCGGCGCGUAAGAAAGAGGAGGCCCGGCAGGCUGAAUUCGUCAGAAUAGGCCAGGCUCUGAAGCUGAAGACCAUCGUUCGAGGAGAUGCACCUACAAGCCUUGUUACCACGGGUCUGUGCAGAAAAGAGCCAUGGGAAUCCCAGUCUUUCUGCAGCACGUUUCCCUAUGACAUCGUCUGUGCUGACUCGUGGGGUCAGUCUCUGCUGGUGGCGACUGAUACUGCGGGGGUCAUGAUGCUGGACGGCCCUGAUCCAGUGCUGCCUGGUGCUGAGACACCGACGCUUCCCCCAGUGCAGGUGUUUGACAAAACCAUUGCAGUGAAGCAGAUGCACAUUCUAGAGCCUCAGGACCUUCUGAUCACCAGAGCAGACAAAGGAAAGGACGCCCGGCUGUAUGUGUUUAGACUCUGCGCCAUCAAGAGAGGCCUGGAGGAACGGCAGCUCGUAAGAAGCAAGUGUGACUGCAGAGAGAACAAACUAGAGAAAACUAAAGGUUGCCAUUUGUAUUCAAUUAAUACCCACCACGGCUCCGAGCUGAGAAUAGUGGCAGCCAUAAGAACCAAACUUCUCCUAAUUACCAGGAAACAUCCCCGUUUCAGCGCCGUCGCCUCAGGAACAGAGUCUCCAGUGGAGGAAUUUCAGUAUAUACGGGAGAUCUGUCUGUGUGAUCCGCCUGUGGUGAUGGCGUUGGUAGACGGUCCGACAGGGGAAAACGACAACAUGAUAUGCGUGGCCUACAAACACCAGUUUGACCUGAUUAAUGAGAGCACCGGGGAUGCCUAUCGACUUCAUCAUGUAGACGCUAACAGGGUAAACUUUGUAGCAGCCAUUGAUGUGUAUGAAGAUGGGGAGGCAGGCCUGCUCUUGUGUUAUAACUAUAUUUGCUAUUAUAAGAAAGUUUGCCCAUUUAAUGGCUCCACACCGAUGAUCCAGUCCAACACCUCUGAUUUCCACUUCAGCUGGAACCAGAUGCCCAAUGCAAUUGUUUGUGCUUUUCCUUACAUCCUCGCCUUCACAACGGAUUCCAUUGAGAUCCGACUGGUGGUCAAUGGGAACCUAGUGUACACAGCGGUUGUCCCGGAGCUGCAGCUGGCUUCCUCAAGGUCGGACAUCUAUUUUGUCUCGUCAGCGCCGGUGAGCUCAGCCUCUAACUGCAGUUCCAGAGACACCAGCUCUCAGAGCUCCCCACAGACGCCCACUGGCUAUGAGAUGCCCGUGUUCCCUUCACCUCUUGGAGAUGAUUCAAUACGGAUCCCCUAUGGUACCAAGCUUUCCCUGUACAUGUCUAAGGAUGCUGAAGGUGAAGCAACCUGUAAGCACAUCUUCAAGAUUCCUCUCUGUAACCUGGUGGGCCGCAGCAUCGAAAGACCCCUGAAGUCCCCUCUGGUCAACAAAGUGAUGACGGCACCCACCCCCGCCAUGAUUGCCCCGGCGCCGCUUAUCUCCGCCACACAUUCACUGUCUCUGUCCCGCAUGGAGAUCAAAGAGAUAGCCAGCCGCACACGGAAGGAGCUGCUUGGCCUGACAGAGGAGCCAAGCGGGAAGUCGGACAGCGGAUCAGUCAAACAGAGGAAAAUGAGCAAAAAGAACACUGAAGAGGAGCCCAAGGCUCGAGCUCUGACGUCAACAAACAGUGACAGGUUAGCCUCAGAGUCGACCGAAGCAGACGACGCCCAGCUGCACUGCUCCUCUGCUUUGGAGGUUGAUCCUGAGAUGGUGGUGCUGCAGGAAGAGAGUCCGCCCCUCGCCAGCGCGUUCACUCUCUCCACAUCCUUUGAAGAUGAUGUCUUGGACCUAAAGUGAAGACAAUCCUGUUGUGCACUUCUUUGCUCCUGUACUUUUGUGCUGUCAGUCAUUUUGUUUUUUUAUUUGCUUUGCUUUUAAUUGGUUUGUUGAAAUAAUCCCUUGCCUUUUAAUAGCCCGGGUCUGCACCUAGGAUCUCCAUCAGGUUAUGGUGGGAGUCACAAAACAUGCCUCUGCGCAUGUGGAUCAUGCUGCGUUGGGUGCUUGUAUGGCCCUGCAGCUGAUAACCCAAAAAGGGUAUGAGGUUGUGCGAGAUGCCUGGGUGUGUUUCAACAUUUACAGUAGCUUAGAGAGAGGGAUUUGGGCCGAAACUGCAACCUGGACGUAGAUCUCCAAACAUCCGUGCAUCUGCACGCAGUUCUCUCCGAAGCCACUGUCUAUGUGUUGUAUAUUGUUUGAGAUCCGCUUGCAAAUGUUGUAUGAUAAUGCUCUGUAUCUGUACAUCGGUUUAUACACCAAACUGCAUAUAGUGCCAGGCACAUCUGCCUGAUCUGUUCUAAAUAUUUAUAGAUAUGUUAUAAAACUCAGUUUUGCUCCAGC